CGUCUAGUCGUUGUCAUCAUCGGUCUUUUGCCUGUUCUGAUAAGGCUCCAUGAGAGUACAUACUCGUUAUGGUGUUAUCUAUACGCAGGAGUAAAGUUUCACCGAUUUCAACCCUUCGGGAGACAUCAGUGUAGAACUGGCAACAAGUGCAGAAACGUGUCAAUCGGCACAGCAGCUUGGCUCCCGUGUCUCUGAAAUACGCCGCGGUCAUGUUGAGUAGCUGAUGACGAAAAUUUGAAUUUGAAUAGCGGCGUGCCACGCGGCCUCCCAACAUGUUUUGAUGCCGCAUCGGCGAGAAUGGCGCGCCGAUUAGUGUUGUUUUGCCUGGAGGGGUGUAUUGGAUGGAAGACAAAUCGUUAUCUCCAUUGCAUUUCGUAUAUGGCUUCAGCUAGAUAAGCGGAGUCAAUCUUAUCGGAAGCGGCGUAAAGGACUGAAUUGGUUGUAAUCGGGCCAAUGGUUUGUGUCAGAUCAACGAAAUAGGUGGUUUUUCGCAUUGUUGGGAAGAAUCAUAGUGGAUUUGCAAGUAGAUAAAGCAUGUUCAGCGAACUGAGUUGAACUCAAGAACACCAAUAUGUGGAACGUUGUAGUGUUGUGGGGAGCCUUAGGGAUCGUGAAGUUGGCUGUGGCAUACGCGUAUAAUGUGACGGAGGCGACUACGCCAAGCUGGGAACUCUUCAAUACAAUACAGUGCGGCGAAACGACGUGCAGUAUUACAACUCAGGACUGCAUACACGACCGAUGCGAGUGUAAGCCCAACUUAGAGCAAAGAGAAGAUGGUUACUGCCACAUUUGCCCAAUGGAAGGCCAGGCUUGCACUGGAUGUUGUUUUGGAGAGGCAAUUUGCUACGGAGGACGAUGUCAGCGUUGCUACAUGGAUCAAAGCGGAGAAUGUAUCGCACAGACUUCGCUGUUCUUUCUGACUGCAGCACAAGUAGCGCUGGCGACCGCCAUGGUGAUCGGCAUUUCUGCAUUGGCUACGCUAAUGUAUAAAACUUUUCGGGCACGGUCAAGAAACAACAGACUUCCAGCUCUUGGAAACGACCUGAGUCGGACCGGUUCGAGUCGCAUAUCGCUGUCGUCAAUACAGAUACGAGUGCUUCGACGGUUGCGCGAUCGUCCACCGAAGUACGAAACGCGCCAUAACUACGAAUUUCAUCAACGGGAGCAAGCCGCCGAUGGUUCAGGAGAUCGACCACGAGCUGCCGUGGCCACGACGCCGGUAAACCCGCAAGGGCGACCCGAUCCCAUAAUCGGAGCUCCGCCACCGGCGUACGAUGGCGAUGUGGCGUCGUUGGUCGAUUUCCCGCCACCGUAUUCGAGUGAACCGGCGCACCCGAACUCACGGGUAGCGAUCAUAGAUUUGCGGCAAACUGCAGACGACAGUGCAGACGCGGGCGACACCGGUGUCGUGAAUGGAGCCUUCGAACAUGAUGGGAAGGUUGAGGGGGGUUCUGAUAUUAAUCUAGUCAACAAUGCUAAGGAUAAGACAAUACACAUUUAGGACAGCGGGAA